AUGACGCCGUCGCCGGCGUCCACGUCAGCCCCCGACGCCGGCAUGCUCGGCCGCCGCCUCGUGCUGCUCCCGGCGAGCGCCGCGGCGUCGUUGGCGCGCGGGGAGCGGAGGAGGGCGCGGUUGCAGCUGGGGUGCGUGCUCGAGCACGUGGCCCCGCGGCUCGCGCUGGCCUCGGCCGCGCUCGUAGGGGCUGGGGAGGUGAUCGCCGCGGCCGCCGUCGCGGGGGGAAGCGGCGGCGCGGUUCACGGCGCCGUGGCAUCCACGAUCGCGCAACUGGCGGUCUCGGCCGUGGCGAUCGCCUCGGGGGCGUGCCUGUCGACCAAGGUCGACUUCCUCUGGCCUCGCAUCGAGCAGCUGCCUGAUACUCUUGUAUUUGAAGGAGUGGAGGUGACAGGAUAUCAAAUAUUUGAGGAUCCAAAGGUGCAGAAAGCAAUUGUAUUUGCAAGUACAGCUCACAUUGGGCAAUUUAGGAGAACAGGAGACCCAUACGUUACACACUGCAUACAUACGGGGAAAAUCUUAGCUGCCUUGGUUCCAUCCACUGGAGAAAGAGCAAUCAAUACCGUUGUUGCUGGUAUUCUUCAUGAUGUUAUUGAUGAUACAACUGAGAAUUUGAAGAGCGUAGCAGAGCAAUUUGGGGAUGAUGUUGCAAGCUUGGUGUCUGGUGUAUCAAAACUAAGCUACAUAAAUCAGCUACUGCGCAGGCAUCGGCAAAAAAACACUGGCGGAAGCACCCUUACAUCUGAAGAAGCAAACAACCUGCGUGCUAUGCUAUUGGGGAUGGUUGAUGAUCCUCGUGUGGUGCUUAUCAAGCUGGCAGACCGCCUGCACAAUAUGCGAACAAUCUAUGCUCUUCCCAUUCCCAAAGCUGAAGCUGUUGCUCAAGAGACAUUAGCUGUCUGGUGCUCACUUGCUUCUCGAUUGGGAGUCUGGGCUUUGAAAGCUGAGCUAGAAGACUUAUGCUUUGCGGUCCUUCAGCCCCAAGUUUUCAAGAAAAUACGAUCUGAACUUACUUCAAUGUGGAAUUCUACCAGCAAAGAUAAAAGCAUGAGAAGGUCAUCAAUUAGAAGUGAUUUGCUUGCCUCCACGAAGGAAGUGCAAACGACUUCCAGCAAUGAUUUAUUUAGUUCGAACGACCAAGAACAAUCAAAUAUGGAGGAUUUGUUGCAAGCUGUAUUGCCAUUUGACCUCUUUUUGGAUCGGAGAAGGCGCUCUGACUUCCUUAAUAAUCUCCAAAGUAGUUCUGAAGCAUCCAUACGAAAGCCUAAAAUUGUUGAUGACGCUGCUAUUGCAUUAACAUCUUUAGCAGCUUGUGAGGAAGAACUUCAGCAGGAAUUGCUUAUAACAACGUCGUAUAUACCUGGGAUGGAAGUUAGGCUGUCAAGCAGACUCAAGAGCUUAUAUAGCAUCUACUGUAAGAUGAAAAGGAAACAUGUAGGCAUUAGACAAGUAUACGAUGCUCGUGCGUUGAGGGUGAUUGUUGGAGACAAAAACGGUGCAUUGCAUGGACCUGCAGUCAGGAGUUGCUACAACAUCCUUGACAUAGUACACAGGCUAUGGACUCCAAUCGAUGGGGAGUUUGAUGACUAUAUUAUCAACCCUAAGGGCAGCGGUUACCAAUCACUCCAUACAGCAGUUCAGGCAUCCGAUAGCUCACCUCUGGAGGUCCAAAUUAGGACCCAGCGAAUGCAUGAGUACGCAGAGUAUGGACUGGCUGCGCACUGGUUGUACAAGGAGAGCAAUGUUAACACGGGAAGUGGCAUGGGUAACAAGAUAAAACAAAGUACGUUGUAUGCAUCAAGUUCUUCAGAAGAUGAAAUAACAGACGGUGUGCCCUCAAAGUAUAUUUCUAUGAAAGUGGGGCAUCCGGUCCUCAGAAUUGAUGGUAAUCACUUACUGGCAGCUGUCAUUGUCAGCAUAGAAAAAGGGGGUAAAGAAUUGCUUGUUGCUGUACGUUUUACCCUUGAAGCUUCUGAAGAUGUAGCUGAGCGACGAUCUUCCUUUCAGUUGAAGCGUUGGGAAGCUUAUGCUAGGCUUCAUAAGAAGGUAACUGAGAAAUGGUGGUGUGCACCAGGACACGGUGACUGGUCAACAAACCUGGAGAAGUACAUACUAUGCCGGGAUGGUAUAUACCAUAAGCAAGACCAAUUUGGGAGACUUUUGCCGACAUUUAUUCAAAUAAUUGAUUUGACGGAAGAGGAAGAGGAGGAGUACUGGAUGGUUGUAUCUGCAGUAUUUGAAGGCAAAGAAACCUCCACUCUGACAUCUGAAUCGAGCAACGGUGAUAGAUCAACUUCUGACCUUCCAAUCUCUACUCCCUUGAGUGAUCCCAUCAACAAUAAGGUUCAUUUGCUCAGGACAAUGCUUCAAUGGGAGGAGCAAGUACGCCGUCGAGCAUCGGUAGCAGAGAGAAGUCUCGGCGCAAAAUCGCUGACCGAUCCAAUUCUUCGCGAGGUGGCCAUCAUCUGCUGGCCGUAUGGGAAGAUAAUGAGGAUGAGUACUGGCAGCACAGCGGCUGACGCCGGUAGAAGAUUGGGCGUGGAUGGGAAGCUCCUAUGGGUCAAUGGCCUACUCGUGCUGCCUCAAACUGAGCUCAAGGAUGGAGAUAUAGUCGAAGUGAGGACGUAGUUGCGAUUUCCUCCACACGGUUGUCAGGGUAAUUGAUCAGAUUGGCUCAUUGAUACAGGGGAUGCAAAAUGCAAAAGAAUAUUAGGCGUAGACAAAGCCAAAACCUCCGAAGUGUACAGUCCAUCUGUGGAAAUGGAAAAUAAUCGAAGGAAGCAGGCAGGGAGUAACAAGGUGUUGUAUUCUGUACAUAUGCGACCAGGUACCAACUGCACGUGUCCUUGUUCACAGUAGUAGUGUACUAAUUUCAGCAUGUAAAAAAAACUGUACUGAGUAAUAUAUGUACAAUGGUUGCCUGUAAA